AUGACACUGAACUUGGAGCCCGGGUCUUGCUGGCCCACUGCAAGUAGGACACCGACCUCUGAGCUGAACAGUCUCUUUGAACAAAAGACAAAUAAGGAACCGCAGCGCAUUUACAAGGUUGUCUUCAUCGGAGACUCCUCUGUUGGCAAGUCGAGCAUCAUCCAAGCAACCACUGGAGGAGGCUUUUCGGAGUCAAUCAAGAGCACAAUCGGCCUCGACUUCCGUGUCAAAACCCUCAACUGCGACGGCGUCAACAUUGUGCUACAGCUCUGGGACACGGCCGGACAGGAACGGUAUUCAAAUAAGCAUAACUUUAUAACCAUUGCUUCCCUUAAUGACAGGCAAUCAAAUACUUGCACCAAUAUUGCUUGGGGCCUAUGUCAUCUGUGA